AUGUCACCAGAAUGGUCUAUAUUUAGCACCAGCUUAUCUAUGCCCAAAGAAGCGUCCAUCUAUGUCAUCCCAAUGGCGGCCAUAAUACCUGUGGAUGAUACUUCCUAUUUAGUCAUUGUUGCUACGUUGGAAGGGUUUUUAUCUGUACUGGUGGCCGCUGUCCCCGUUAGCUACGCGCUGAUCUCCAUUGGCACAGCAACAGAUGGCUCAUUGAUGUACCCUGCUGGUAGAGCCUCCUCUAUCCAACUAUCGAACCCACAAUUAGUUUCCCAGGGUGGCAUCAUCCCGAUGUCUCGAUACUUGGACUCUGCGGAAUCAAUGGCAAGAUCCUAG